AUGAGUGUCGGAACGGAUGGCCAAGAUGGACCAACCAGUGCUGCUGGCGCAGUGUUGACCAGCUCUGACCUUCGUUACAUCAUCCAUGGUGAUGGAUCGACGAAAUGGAAGAAGUCCGUGAUCGAUGGAUUUUUAAGCAAUAACAAUUCGUAUAAUUUCUGGAAAACAUUCCGCAAUGGUAAAUCGCAUAUCAUUUGUGGACCAACCGGAACAAAUGUUAUGGAUAUCCAGGUUCUACUGUUCAACAGGGAAUAA